AUGAUGAAGACAAAGGAUUGUCAACUUGCAUUACUAGCUAUGGCAAUAGGUUUUAUUGAGGAUGUGCUUCAUUUUCUUCAAGUGGAUAAGCCCAUCUUCGUUAUACAAAGCAUUAUGGUGACCACCUGGCCACAGUUCAAAGAGCAAGGUAGAUGCUCGAACAAUACAGAAAAUGUAUUCUACAUUUCAGCCUUCGCCAUCUCGAAAACUGGACAAUGUCUCCUUUUUACUGCAGUUCUAUUGAUUUAUCUGAUGACUGUCUUUGGAAACGUGACCAUUGCUGUAUUGGUGUGUUGGGUUUCCCACCUUCAUACUCCAAUGUAUUUCUUCUUGAGUAAUCUUGCUAUUAGCGAUGUUAUGUAUGUUUCAGCUACCCUUCCAAAAUUGCUCUCCAUACUUCUAACACAGGAUCAUUGGAUUUCUUUCUCCGCUUGUAUGACUCAAGUGUACUUCUUCUCAUUGUCAGUUGGUUGUGAUAUAUUUAUACUGACCUCCAUGGCCUACGAUCGAUAUGUAGCGAUCUGUAAGCCAUUACAAUAUUCCUUACUCAUGAGUAAAGAUGUAUGCAUCUCAUUGGUUCUGUCCACUUGGCUUAUAUCUGUCACUAAUUCAAUAAUUAAUGUGUUAUCCACAUCUCUAUUAUCGUACUGUCUCACACAAAAUGUUGACCAUUUCUUUUGUAAUAUGAAAGACCUGUAUGCAAUAACCUCUAGUGAUGCUACAAGCAGAAACAUAUUUCUGUUAUGUCAGGAUGCAGUGUUGGCAGUUUUUCCUUUUUUGCUUAUUAUGACCUCCUACGUAUUUAUCAUCUCCACCAUACUGAAAAUUCGCUCCUCAGAGGGACGACUGAAAGCUUAUUCCAGUUGCACCUCCCACCUCACUACAGUAAUAUUAUUCUAUGGUCCAAUCAUUAUAAUUUAUGGCAAACCAGAAUCUGAAAGUUCCAAGGAACUGGACAAGUUGCUGACCUUGCUUUAUACGGCUGUGGUUCCAAUGCUCAACCCGUUUGUCUACUCUUUAAGGAACCAAGAUGUUUUGAAUGCUAUAAAAAAUAUAAAAAGGAAGAGGAACCUGAUUUUCUUGAAAUAAUAUAUUUAAAAAAAUAACUUGC